AUGGGCUGCGGACCGCUUCUGACCGAGGUGGAAGUGGGCAUGGUUUUGGCGCUCCGAGACCAUGGUUUCACACACCGUGCCAUUGCCGAGCACGUCGUAAGGUCCACCAAGGUUAUACGAACGGUAAUCGACCAGCGUGAGGGCUAUGGGAGCAACUUCAAGAACCGAAAACCAGCCAAACUUAUUGGGCGGAAACUUCGGCUCCUCAUUCGAGAGGCAUCCAAGACCGGGUUGUCUGCAAGAAGCCUAGCGACGAGCCUGGAUAUUGACGCCUCGUUGCGAACAUGUCAGCGCAGGCUUCAAGGCUCUAAGAACAUGGAGUACGUCAAGCGCAAACACAUGCCCAUGCUCAAGAAAAGCCACAAGAUUGCUCGGUUGGAGCAUGUGAAGAAGUACCUCAAGGAUCCACCAUUUUGGCCUGGAAUUAUAUUGUCGGACGAGAAGCGAUUCAACUUGGAUGGCCCCGACGGUCUCCAGUAUUACUGGCACGACUUACGCAAGGAACCGGAUACCUAUUUUACCCGCAGAACCCCCGUAUGGGCCCAGCAGUUGCGAAUGGUCGUUGAUGUGACGCAAUUCCAGGCGGAAACCGACCAACGCAUUGCCGUGAGCACGUCCACGGCGUACAAGUUUCUUGUGGCUCUUGAACGCAGUACUCUCUAA